CCAACUUGCUAUCUUCUUUCACUCCAAUGCGAAAGUGUAGGACUCAACGCGACUAAUAAUUUUUCGGAAGUGAACAAUUUCAGAUUCAAUUGCAACGUAGACGUCAUUGUUUCUGGGACUCAAAUUAUCGAAAAUUUGAACACAACUUGUGAGAAAGGCAAGGAUCACGAAAAUCUCGAAUCUCUCAGUGAUCUACAUGAAACCUUUGUGCAUUUCUUCCAAAGAGGGGCACCCGCUGAAAGAUACAUGUCUUCUGAGAGCACAUUCGAGACGGUGGUCCGACAAGUUGAGUCAGCCAUUCCUAGAGCUCAAUACCAUAUUGGAGGUAAUGCUGCUCUAAUGGCAGAACGAAUAGCAUCCGGCUUCCCCAGCACUGAAGUCUACUUGGUUGGUCCAAUCGGUCCAAGAAGUCAAGCACUAUUGAAUCCUUCAGUUAGAAGAACAAAUUCAACUCGGAUCACAAAGGUGAGGCUCAUGAUUAUACUAACGAAUAAAUCGGGGCGGAGGAAGGCGGAUUCGCAUGAACAUUUUUCGGCUAUGUUCUUUAAAGCAAUCGCUCAAUUCAAACCGGACCUCAUAAUCAUUUCUGGUAUUCACACUUUAGAGUUCCAAAAUAAAGAAAUGCGACUCGAGAAAUUGCGAAUGAUUCGUCGAAAUCUUCUUCAAAUAUCAUCGAAGACACCGAUUCAUUUCGAACUAGGGAGUCUUGCCGAUGCUACCUUCAUGUUCGAUAUUCUUCAUCGGAUUAUUCCCCAUGUAGACUCACUUGGCAUAAACGAGCAGGAAUUGGCGUUUUUGUCACACGUGGCGGGAGGACCACACAUGGAGGAGUAUCCGGUGCAAGCUGGUACCGUUCAUGCGCAUAAGGUAGUAGAAAUGCUUGACUGGCUACUUCGUACAUUCGGUCGUGAUAGAAUGAAUCCUAAUUCGAAGAAUUAUGGAUAUCGCCUCCAAAGGAUCCACUUCCAAUGCCUCACUUAUCAGAUGGUCAGUUCAGGGAAUGACUGGUCGAACCUUGCCGCCGGCCUCGCAGCUUCGUCACGUUUGGCUGGGCGAAUGGCUUGUAAUCUCGUGAAUCAAACAGACAUGUUGGAGGUGCGAACAGCCCCAUCAUUCAUUCUUGACAAGAAGCUUGGGAAGAUGUAUCAUUUCCAUGCGCACAAUCCAAUAGCGUCAUGGAUGCGAGAUCAAGUACUUUUCAUCUUCACACCGGUGCUAGUAUGCAAAUUCCCGAUGAAGACCGUCGGAGUGGAUGACGCCAUUUCUACGACCGGCUUAUUAUACUCUCAAUUUUACCGUUUCGACAGUAAUAUGAAAUGGUAG